GGUCAUUCAUUACUUAUCAUACAACUUUUUCAUCGAUACAAGAUCGAGUUUCAUUUACAAAUAAAUUCUCUUUCUUUGACUGAUCUAUUUCAACAUCCAACAAUCAUCGAUCAUGCUCAACUCAUUCAUCAAACUAUGAAUAUGACAAAGAAUAUCAAUGACUAUCAUUGGUCUUCGUUACAUAUCAUUCAAGGUAACAGAGAAUGUUUAUCAAUAUACUAUUAACUAUAUUCUAUUUCUCUCUUGUAGCUAGAGCAUCAUUUGCGCAAGAACGUAUAUUCUUAGAUGAACAAAUUCGUUUCUCAUCAACAGGUAAUAAUACCAACGUGUAUGUUAUUCCAUUAUUUUAUCGUGUUUCAUCUAUGAAUGAUCAUAUAUCUAUUUCACGAUUACAACAUGCAUUUCAAUCUAUCGUCAGAAAACAUCAAAUUCUUCGAACAGCACUCUAUCUUGAUGCAAAGGGUACUAUUAUUCAACAUUGUUUAGAUACAGGUGCUAUUAUUAAUGAUAAAAAAUCAUCUAGAUUUUCGAUAAUUAAUCUUUCUGAUGAAGAACAUGAACAGAAUGAAAUUGUAAAGAAGAUUUUGAAUCAAUUAGAUUUAUUUGAUUUAUCAAUCGGACAUGGCAUUAAUUGUCAUAUUCUUCGCCAUCAUCAAUCAAAUCAUUCAUUCACUCACAAUGAUGUUGAUCUGUUGACCAAAGAUGAUCUGAUGUUAUUUACUAUUCAUCAUGCUUGCUUUGAUGGAGCAUCAACAUCAAUCUUCCUUCGUGAUCUUUCUCUUGCUUAUCAGUCUGAUGACUCUUUAUCUAUGGAUAAAAAUACAUUGAAUUAUAUAGAUUAUUCUGUUCACGAGCAUACCAUGGAUAUGUCAUUAUCUCGUCAAUUCUGGUAUUCUCAACUUGAAGAAUAUAAUAUCGAACGUUCAUUAUCAUUACCAGUUGAUCGACAGCGUUCAUCAACUAAUCAACAACGAUCAGGUUUAGCUUCUUCAGCUCAAAUCACUUUUGAUGAUGAAAUAUGUACAUCAUUUCUCAACUAUGCAUCAUCACAUCAUCUCACACUUUUUCAACUUGGAUUAUCCAUAUUUUCUGUUUUCCUAUUCAAAUUAUCUCAUGGUGAGACUGAUUUAUGUAUUGGUUCUAUCAAUGCUAAUCGAUAUCGUAGUGAAUUAGUGAAUAUGAUAGGAAUGUUUGUAUCAACAUUACCAUUUCGUGUUAAGAUUGAUUCUCAAUGGUCAUUUGACGAAGUAGUUAAAUAUGUGCAAGAAAAAUGUUUAUCAAUUCUUCAACAUUCUCAUUAUCCACUUCAAAAUAUUCUUAAUGAUUUACAUCUCACUCAAUCAAAUGUAUCAUUUCUUGAAACAAUGUUUGAUUUCAUCACUAUAUCAAAUGAAGUUAAUGAUUUAUGUUUGAGUGGUGUUAAUCUAGAACAAGUGUCGUUAAACGACUCAUAUGAAAUGGCUAAAUUUGACUUUUCAUUGACCUUUGUAUACAAUUCAUCAUCAGAUGAUAAACAGUUGUCUUGUUCUUUUGUUUUUUCAAGUGAUAUGUUUGAUGAGACAACAGUUACAGUCAUAAGUGGAAGAUUUCAACAUGUUCUAGAACAAGUCUUUUCAUCAAAAUCAAGCACAAAUUGCAUUGAUUUAUAUUGCACAUCUAUAUCAACAGUUGAUCUUAUUCUGCCAGUUGAAGUUAAUGAAGUCAAGAAUACUAUUUUUUGUCGACAAUCAGGUGUUUUGAACGACGGUAAGUCUACUUACUAUUUCAUGAAGUUGGAGACUUUUGAGGUUAAUGUUAAAGUUGAAAAGAAGACAAGAUAG